CAGUCUCCUUGUCUAUUUAGAUCUCAGAACUGAAUCAGAUUUUUAUUACAAUCACAGAGUUAGGGUUUGUGACAGUUGAAGAAGAAAACAAUGGUGGAUCGUAAGGAAAUCCCUUUGGCUAUGGGGCUAUUGGCGGUGCUCCUUUUCUUCGUUGCUUCGUCUUCAUUUCACGUUGUUCGUGCUUCUGAUGAUGUAGAUGAUGCGAUCUUUUAUGAAUCGUUCGAUGAGGAUUUUGAUAACCGGUGGAUUGUGUCUGGGAAGGAAGAAUAUAAUGGUGUAUGGAAGCAUUCAAAGAGUGAAGGGCACGAUGAUUUUGGACUUCUUGUCAGUGAACCAGCAAGGAAGUAUGCUAUAGUUAAAGAGCUUGAUGCGCCUGUCAGUCUUAAGGACGGACCAGUUGUUCUUCAGUUCGAGACUCGUCUUCAAAAUGGCCUUGAAUGUGGUGGUGCAUAUAUUAAAUAUCUUCAAACCCAGGAGAGUGGUUGGAAGCCUAAGGGAUUUGACAAUGAAUCUCCUUAUUCUAUUAUGUUUGGUCCAGAUAGGUGUGGGACAACAAACAAGGUGCAUUUCAUCUUCAGGCAUAAGAAUCCAAAGACCGGGAAACAUGUUGAACACCAUCUCAAGUUUCCUCCUUCUGUCCCAUCUGACAAACUAUCUCAUGUGUACACUGCUGUUCUAAAGGCUAAUGAUGUGAGCAUUUUAAUUGAUGGUGAGGAAAAGAAAAAGGCCAAUUUCUUAUCUUCUGAAGAUUUUGAGCCUGCCCUUAUCCCUUCCAAGACAAUCCCAGAUCCCGAUGAUAAUAAACCCGAGGACUGGGACGAGAGAGCCAAAAUUCCUGACCCAGAAGCUGUAAAGCCAGAGGAUUGGGAUGAGGAUGCACCUAGGGAAAUUAUAGAUGAAGAAGCUGAGAAACCUGAAGGAUGGUUGGAUGACGAGCCAGAAGAAGUAGAUGAUCCAGAGGCAUCAAAGCCUGAAGAUUGGGAUGAUGAGGAGGAUGGCGAAUGGGAAGCUCCCAAAAUUGAAAACCCAAAGUGUGAAGCAGCCCCUGGUUGUGGUGAAUGGAAGAGGCCAACCAAGAGCAACCCAGCUUAUAAGGGAAAAUGGAGUGCCCCCUACAUUGAUAACCCCAAUUAUAAGGGUAUUUGGAAGCCUCAGGAGAUUCCAAACCCAGAGUACUUUGAACUUGAGAAACCAGACUUUGAACCUAUUGCUGCUAUUGGCAUUGAAAUUUGGACAAUGCAAGAUGGCAUUCUAUUCGAUAACGUUUUGAUAGCUAAAGAUGAUAAGGUUGCAGAGUCCUAUCGGGAGACUACAUGGAAACCCAAGUUUAACAUUGAGAAAGAGAAACAAAAGGCUGAAGAGGAGGCAGCUGCAGCGGCAGCAACUGAGUCAGAGGGUAUUGCUGGCAUCCAGAAGAAGGCAUUCGACCUCUUGUACAAGAUCGCCGACAUUCCCUUCCUAAGUGACCACAAACAAAAGAUUAUUGAAAUCAUUGAAAAGGGAGAGAAGCAACCAAAUCUGACUAUUGGUAUUAUUGUAUCUGUUGUGAUUGUCUUUGUAUCAAUUUUCUUCAGGCUCAUAUUCGGUGGAAAGAAACCUGCAAAUGUUGAGGCUAAGGUGGAGAAGAAGACCAACACAGAAACUUCCAGUAAACAAGCUGGCGAAGAGAAGGAAGAUAACAAAGAAAAGGAAGAAACAGUCAACCCUCCACGUCGGAGGCCAAAGAGAGACAAUUGAAAUGAUUGAAACUUAUAGGGGCUGCCCAUUAAGUAUCAUCAUCUGUGGUUAAUUUUGGGCUUAGUUGAAUUUUAGGUGCUCUUUGUUUUCUUUUUACUUUUUUCCUUCUUCAGAAAGAUUAUAUACUUAAGGAGUAUAUAUGUUCUCCUUUUUGGAGACUCGAGUGUUUCACCUAAUUGUAGUUGUACAAUUAUUUUUUUGUCCUCUUUUUUCUAGUAAUGAAUUAUGUUUUUCACA